AUGGGUUGUUGCCAAAAUUCACUAAGAUGUUAAGAUGAACUACAUUUAGAUCAUGUAGGCUUCUAAAUUUCUCCCAAAUCCUUGAGUAUGGCUCCUCUAUCUCAUAAUCUAAUAAAAGGAGAUACUGAUGAAAUCAUGGAACAUUUAGAUUGUUUUGAAAGUACUUGUGGAGAAAAUGGUUUACUCGAAAAGCUUAAAUUAAAUAAUAUUACCAAAACUAGUAGUCUCAACAUAAAGGAAGAAGUUAUUAUCGAUUUACGAUAAGCUCCUAGUCCUUCAAAAAAACAAAUGUCUUAAAAAAAUUUAAACAAUAAAUUUAUAGGAAUGCUGUGAU